AUGGAGAAUCAGGAAACCGAUGAGCUGCUAGAUGAGAAGGAGCACCUCGACGAGGAAGGUCGAGAUAUGCCUGCUCCAGCAAAGAAGCCAUCGAAAUUGCUGGUCUGGAUUGCCAUCAACAUCAUCGCCACGACCGCCAUUGUCUUCAUCAACAAAUCCAUCUUCGACGACCCUUCCUUCCGUGGUGCUCAAGUCUCGUUCGCAACAUUCCACUUCCUCGUCACGUUCGCGACCCUACACACUGUGUCUUCGAGACGAUUCGGCUUCUUCGAUCGGAAGCGGGCUGCGCUACGAGAUAUCCUUCCGCUGGCUGCGGCCAUGUGCCUGAACGUCAUCCUCCCGAAUCUCUCUCUCGCCUACUCAUCCAUCACCUUCUACCAAACCGCCAGAGUGUUGCUAACACCCAUUACUGCAUUCCUCAACUAUGUUCUAUACCAAAAGAGCAUUCCGAGGCAAGCUGUAUGCGCGCUGGUCCCUGUCUGCGCUGGCGUGGCCAUGGUGACCUACUUCGAUGUCCGACCCGGAGCCACGAGCAAAGGAACAAGCUUCUAUGGUGUAAUAUUCGCCAUGAGUGGCGUUCUCAUGAGCGGCAUCUACACCUGCUGGAUUGGCCAUUACCACCAGAAGCUACAGAUGACGAGUCUACAACUUCUCCACAACCAGUCCUUGAUCGGAGGCAUGUUGCUCAUAUACCUGAUACCAUUCGUGGACACCCUUCCAGUCUUCAGCGAGGUACCUCUCCACCGAUGGAUGAUGAUCAUGAUGAGUGGUCUUUGCGCAUGUCUGCUCAACCUUUCUCAAUUUGCUAUCAUCGCUGGAGCGGGUCCGGUUGCCAGCACAGUGGUGGGACACUCCAAGACUGUCACCAUCGUCACUCUGGGCUGGAUCUGGACAGGCAGUGUUAUCAGUGGUUACAGCAUCCUCGGUGUCGUGAUAGCGAUGGCUGGUGUGAUCUGUUACUCGACGGCAACUAUGAGAAAAGCCUGA